CCACACCGGCCACCGGCAGCUUCCUAGGGUUUGUUUAGGGUUUCCUUUAUAACCCUUCGCCCCCAGCCUGUAUCGCCGGCGCCGCCGUCCCCGCCCCAUUCUCCCAACACAAUCAACUGCUAAGCCUACCCUGAUUUCAGUCGCCGCCGCACCAUCUUCGACUUGUAGGUAUCAAGGGCAACUGCAACACUUUUCUAAGGAAUUAGAGCAAGGUGGAAGGAGAUGGGUUUUUUGUUUUCUAAGUAUCUUGCGAGGCGAGGAACUAGGAUUUCAAAGCGGCGGUCCGGUCAGCGCGUCGGCGGCCGUGAGCGAAAGCGUCGGCGGCAUCACCUUUACCUUGUCUUUGAUGACUGGUCGCUCGGGUAUAGCAUCCGCAAGGUAGACUCAUCGCCUGGCUCUCGUCGCCAAUCCGCUGUGAGGCGCUUGCCUCGGCCUUUCUUCCGAUUACAGGCGCCGCAUGGGUCGCCGGAGUACUUCGCGUCAGCCUUUGGCACCAACAUCUUGUCGAUGCAUCCCAGGUCUACCUCUUGCAACAGCUUGUUAUCCGGGAGCUGUAUCCUCACCUUGGACGUCCGCUCGCGGGCUAUCACGUUUGGCCCUCGGUUGGAAAAUACGAUUACCCUUUGCCCUCGGUGGAAAAAUCCGAUUAAUCCCAUCUAUCUCGCCGUCGACAAUAAGCUAUUCACUCUAAGCAAACACUCCUUCGAGAUACUCUCCUUGGAUCUGCUCAGCCCCGUGCCGCCGGAUCGAUCUGGCAGAGUGAGGUGGUCGUGGGAAGUUCUCACGAAGCAGCCGUUCAAGGUUCGCAACGUCACCUCCUACGCAUUGAACCCCUACAGCCAGUCCUUCCUGGUGAGCACCACGAAGAAAGCUAUUGCGGACACGUUUGCCUUUGACACGGUAAAGCUUUCAUGGAAACAAGUAGGCAAAUGGGCGCUGCCCUUCCACGGCCGCGGCCACUUUGACCCUCUCCUGGGCGCCUUUGUCGGGCUCUCCAAAGAUCCAGACACCUUCGGACAACUCUACUUCUGCUACAUGCCCAGCUCCGACACUGGCCACACCCCUAAGUCGAAGCUCGGCAAGAUGAAACUGCUCAGUGAGGACCCAGCCGAGAGGCAUGUAAGCGCCACCCUCGUCUACAUGGGGCGCCGGAGCAAAUUCUGCCUGAUAGAGUGCGUCUCCAUUGAGGGCGACAGUGCUGAUCAGGAGCUCAAGGAAGAGGGAGUCAUGCCCCGACCUGGCCGCUGUCUUUAUCGUUUGACCACAUUCUCUCUCAGCCAUGACAUGAACGGAGACCCGACCACUGGCGGCAGCUGUCGAGUGCAAUACUACAAAGUGCCCGAAGCAACCACUCCGACGUUCUUGUUUGCAGAUCCUGUUGUAUUUUGGAUGUAAAAUGUUAAAAUAAUGUCAUAAUGACGACUUCCUAUGUUUAAUUUUCA